CCUCCUCCCUGGAGAGGCCAACAAUGACCGCCAUGGUCAAUGUGGACGCCCUUCAGGAAUAUGAGAAGAGUCAGAUCAAAAGAGCCUUGGAGCUGGGCACGGUGAUGACUGUGUUCAGCUUCCGCAAGUCCACCCCGGAGCGCAGGACCGUCCAGGUGAUCAUGGAGACGCGGCAGGUGGCCUGGAGUAAGACAGCCGACAAGAUCGAAGGCUUCUUGGAUAUCGUGGAAAUAAAGGAAAUCCGCCCAGGGAAGAACUCUAAGGAUUUUGAGCGUGCUAAAGUAGUCCGCCAGAAGGAAGACUGCUGCUUCACCAUCUUGUAUGGCACCCAGUUCACCCUCAGCACACUCAGUUUAGCAGCGGACUCUAAGGAAGAUGCAACCAAGUGGCUCUCUGGCUUGAAAAUCUUACACCAAGAAGCAAUGAGCGCAUCCACACCCACCAUUAUUGAGAGUUGGCUGAGAAAGCAGAUUUAUUCAGUGGAUCAAACCAGAAGAAACAGCAUCAGCCUCCGAGAGUUGAAGGCCAUCUUGCCCCUCGUCAACUUCAAAGUGAGCAGUGCCAAGUUCCUCAAGGAUAAGUUUGUGGAAAUAGGCGCGCACAAAGAUGAACUCAGCUUUGAACAGUUCCAUCUCUUCUAUAAAAAACUUAUGUUUGAACAGCAAAAAUCGAUUCUUGAUGAAUUCAAAAAAGACUCCUCUGUGUUCAUCCUGGGCAACACUGACCGGCCGGACGCCUCUGCUGUUCACCUGCACGACUUCCAGCGGUUUCUCUUACAUGAACAGCAGGAACAUUGGGCUCAGGAUCUGAACAAAGUCCGCAAGAGGAUGACAAAGUUUAUCGAUGACACGAUGAGGGAAACUGCGGAGCCCUUCUUGUUUGUCGAUGAGUUCCUCACAUACCUGUUUUCACGGGAGAACAGCAUUUGGGAUGAGAAGUAUGACGUGGUGGACAUGCAGGACAUGAACAACCCCUUGUCCCAUUACUGGAUCUCCUCAUCACAUAACACGUACCUCACAGGUGACCAGCUGCGGAGUGAGUCAUCCACGGAGGCAUAUAUCCGCUGUCUGCGCAUGGGCUGUCGCUGCAUUGAGUUGGACUGCUGGGACGGGCCCGACGGGAAGCCCAUCAUCUACCAUGGCUGGACACGGACCACCAAGAUCAAGUUUGAUGAUGUUGUGCAGGCCAUCAAAGACCAUGCCUUUGUCACCUCGAGCUUCCCUGUGAUCCUGUCCAUCGAGGAGCACUGCGGCGUGGAACAGCAGCGCUACAUGGCCAGAGUGUUUAAGGAGGUGUUUGGCGACCUGCUGCUGAUGAAGCCCACGGAGGCCAGUGCCGACCAGCUGCCCUCGCCCAGCCAGUUGCGGGAGAAGAUCAUCAUCAAGCAUAAGAAGCUGGGCCCCCGAGGCGACAUCGACGUCGACAUGGAGGACAAGAAGGACGAACACAAGCAGCAGGGCGAACUGUACAUGUGGGAUUCCAUCGACCAGAAAUGGACUCGGCACUACUGCGCCAUCGCCGAUGCCAAGUUGUCCUUCAGCGAUGACAUUGAACAGACCAUGGAAGAGGAACUGCCCCAGGAUACGCCCCCAACAGAGCUGCAUUUUGGAGAGAAGUGGUUCCAUAAGAAGGUAGAGAAGAGGACAAGUGCUGAGAAGCUGUUGCAGGAGUACUGCUCUGAGACAGGGGGCAAGGAUGGAACCUUCUUGGUGCGGGAGAGCGAGAGAUUCCCCAAUGACUACACCCUGUCCUUCUGGCGGUCUGGCCGGGUCCAGCACUGCCGGAUCCGCUCUACCAUGGAGGACGGGGUGCUGCGGUACUACCUGACUGACAACCUCACGUUCCCCAGCAUCUACGACCUCAUCCAGCACUACCGUGGGACGCACCUGCGCUGCGCCGAGUUCGAGCUCCGGCUCACCGACCCCGUGCCCAACCCCAACCCCCACGAAUCAAAGCCGUGGUACUAUGACGGGCUGAGCCGUGGAGAAGCAGAGGACAUGCUCAUGAGAGUUCCCCGGGACGGCGCCUUCCUCAUCCGGAAGCGGGAAGGCAGCGACUCCUACGCCAUCACCUUCAGGGCCAAGGGCAAGGUGAAGCACUGUCGCAUCAACCGGGACGGCCGGCACUUUGUGCUGGGGACCUCUGCCUACUUUGAGAGUCUGGUGGAGCUCGUCAGUUACUACAGGAAGCACGCGCUGUACCGAAAGAUGAAACUGCGCUACCCUGUGACUCCCGAACUCCUGGAGCGCUACAGUAUGGAAAGAGAUAUAAACUCCCUGUAUGACGUCAGCAGAAUGUAUGUGGAUCCCAGUGAAAUCAAUCCUUCUAUGCCUCAGAGAACUGUGAAAGCUCUAUAUGACUACAAAGCCAAGCAGAGUGACGAGCUGAGCUUCUGCCGUGGCGCCCUCAUUCACAACGUCUCCAAGGAGCCCGGGGGCUGGUGGAAAGGAGACUAUGGAACCAGAAUCCAGCAGUAUUUCCCAUCCAAUUACGUUGAAGACAUUUCAACAGUUGAUGUGGAGGAUCUGGAAAAGCAGAUUAUUGAAGACAAUCCCUUAGGGUCUCUUUGCAGAGGAAUACUGGAUCUCAAUGCCUAUAACGUUGUGAAAGCGCCACAGGGCAAAAACCAGAAGCCUUUUGUCUUUAUCCUGGAGCCCAAGAAGCAGGGUGACCCUCCAGUGGAGUUUGCCACGGACAGGGUGGAGGAGCUCUUUGAAUGGUUUCAGAGCAUCCGGCAGAUCACCUGGAAGAUUGACACCAAGGAGAACAACAUGAAGUACUGGGAGAAGAACCAGUCGAUCGCCAUCGAGCUCUCAGACCUGGUCGUCUACUGCAAACCAACCAGCAAGACCAAAGACAACUUAGAAAAUCCCGACUUCCGAGAAAUCCGUUCCUUUGUGGAGACGAAGGCUGACAGCGUCAUCAGACAGAAACCCAUCGAUCUCCUGAAGUACAAUCAGAAAGCCCUGACCCGUGUUUACCCAAAGGGGCAGAGGGUGGACUCCUCCAACUACGAUCCCUUCCGCCUCUGGCUGUGCGGCUCCCAAAUGGUGGCACUCAAUUUCCAGACUGCAGACAAAUACAUGCAGAUGAAUCAGGCCUUGUUCUCCCUCAAUGGGAGGACCGGCUACGUCCUACAGCCCGAGAGCAUGAGGACGGAGAAGUACGACCCCCUGCCACUCGAGUCCCAGAGGAAGAUUCAGAUGACCCUGACGGUCAAGGUUCUCGGGGCUCGCCAUCUUCCCAAGCCUGGACGAAGCAUUGCGUGUCCCUUUGUGGAGGUAGAAAUAUGUGGAGCCGAAUAUGACAAUAACAAGUUUAAGACAACGGUUGUGAAUGACAAUGGCCUAAGCCCUGUUUGGGCUUCGACACAGGAGAAGGUGACUUUUGAAAUCUAUGAUCCAAACCUCGCAUUUCUGCGCUUUGUGGUGUAUGAGGAAGAUAUGUUCAGCGAUCCCAACUUUCUCGCUCAUGCUACUUACCCCAUUAAAGGAAUCAAAUCAGGAUUUAGAUCUGUUCCUCUGAAGAAUGGGUACAGCGAAGACAUCGAGCUGGCUUCCCUCCUGGUUUUCUGUGAGAUGCGGCCAGUCCUGGAGAGCGAAGAGGAACUGUACUCCUCCUGUCGCCAGCUGCGGAGGCGGCAAGAAGAGCUGAACAACCAGCUCUUUCUAUAUGACACACACCAGAACUUGCGCAAUGCCAACCGGGAUGCCCUCAUUAAAGAGUUCAAUGUCAACGAGAACCAGCUCCAGCUGUACCAGGAGAAGUGCAACCGGAGGUUGAGAGAGAAGAGAGUCAGCAACAGCAAGUUUUACUCAUAGAAGCCAGGGUGUAUGUGUAAGGCUGUUGUGUGUGUGCGUAUAUUUGCAUGUAGAAGAAUGUGCUGAAUGCAGACCCUGGGAUCAUGCUCAUCUGCGACGUCAUCCUCUGUUCAAGUCCACUGUCAAGAUGACGUUUCUGAAGAAGACCCAGUCAGCAUAAGUUAGGGUGAUUUCCUCCUAAUUUUUUCACCUUGGACAAUUUCUUAACUUAUAAUUCUCUAUAGAGGAUCCUAAAAUCACGUUCCUCGUUUUCGGCCUCUUGUGUUCC